AUCCAGCCAAGAAUUCGCUGCACUGAGCAUUCCGGUUGCGGAGAUUUAUGCAUGCAGGGGUGUCGACCCACAUUGGAGCCGUGUCGACCUAGAACAGUCUAACUCUCCGCGACUGGUUUCACCCGACGACGCCAUGACAAUACUUGACCGUAAUGGUUCUCAGUGGCACAGAAUAGCAGAUCCCUCGAGCGGAAGCCCAAGACGCCACCACCUCUAUGCAGCACAGCAGGAGCGAUCGAUGAGCCGCGAAGCGCGUUUCACAUCACAUCCGAGGCGCUUAGCACCAACCCCGCUACUAGUAGUACUAGCUCUAAUAGUAUUUAUUUCAACAGCUAUUGCGGCAUCCACGGCGGUUGACGCUCCUUUUAGUAUAGGAGCUCAGCGCUUGUGGGAAGCGGGCAUUCGCUCUGGUUCGCGUAGUUCUGGCGGCGGAAUUGCGUCGGGAGGUGUUGCCCCUAGGAAGGGCAUCGGUGCCAGCAAUCGCUUACGAACCAGCAGCAGCACCACCAGCAGCAGCGGCGGCGGCGGUACCGACAACGGUAGCGGCAGGAGCCUGAGGGGCAUUCGUCGAAGCAAUCAGGCUCACCUAUUAAGCGACAGGGCAGGUAGCGGCGAGUACGGAAGAAAUGUCCCCGCGUCCUUCCUGUGGCCAUGGCCCGUCAGCCGUGUGCUACAGCAGCAGCAGCACCAGGGGAUAGGGCGAAGUAGUGAAGUAGCCGCCCCCGCUACGACAGGGGCCGCUUCGGCGCUAAACUCCACGAUUCCACAGAGCAAAGUGCCCUCGCAAGGCACGUCGCAGAGCAAGCAGCCGUCGCAAGGCACGUCGCAAAGCAAACCCUCGUCGUCGUCGUCGCCGCCGUCGUCACCGGGAUCGCCGCCGCCGUCGUCCACUCUGGCGACGGGCAGCUGCGCGAGUCCGAGCAGAGCGGCGGAGUGGCAGCAGCUGGUGCGCCGCCUGAAGCCCACCGCCGUGGUGGCGAAAGACGGCACUGGCAACUACCGCACCGUCCAGGCGGCAGUUGCGGCGGCGAAGGAGGGCGCGGUGAUCUAUGUCAAGGCGGGGCGGUACGAGGAGCAGGUGCAAGUCGCCGUGCGACGACUCACGCUCCUAGGCGACGGGCCCAGUCGCACGAUCCUGUCGUUCAAUCGCAGCCAGGCGGGGCACGGGGCAUCGCUCACUGAUUCAGCUGUGCUAGGAGUGCAGAAGUCCGGGUUCGUGGCGAUGGGAAUAGCGGUGGAGAACACGGCAGGAGUGGCCGGCUUUCAGGCCGUCGCGCUGCUCGUCAAUGCCGACCGCUCCGCAUUCUACCAGUGCAGAUUCUCGGGGUACCAGGACACGCUGUUCGCAUGGGGCAAGCGGCAGUACUUCCUCAACUGCACCAUCGAGGGCAGCGUGGACUUCAUUUUCGGGCAAGCCUCGGCCGUCUUCGACCGCUGCCGCCUGCGCGUGCGCAAGGGCCGCAACCAGAGCUACAUCGCUGCUUCCGGGCGCGCCACGGCCAAUGAGACAAGCGGCUUUGUGUUUAUCGACUCGAGAGUCGAGUCCGCUGGAGCGACCAGAGUGGCUCUCGCUCGGCCGUGGGGGAUGUGUGCCCGCACGGUCUACAUCCGUACAUAUCUUGACUCGUGCGUCAUGAAUGAAGGGUGGGAGCCGUGGCACAAUCGCAUCAACAGCCGCACGCCGUACUUCGCAGAGCUGCAGAGCUACGGGCCAGGGGCAAAGCCGCAGAUGCGGCCGUCGUGGGUGCAGCCAGGGCAGAUCUCCCCAGCAGCAGCAUCCAAAUUCCUCCCAAACGCCUUCAUCGACCUGAGCUCGUGGGUUGCAGGAACGGGCCUGCCAUGUACCUCCUCAUACAAGCUCUAGGUGACUUUCGAGUCGACUCGAAAGUCACCUGCAGGAACGGGCCUGCCAUGUACCUACUCAUACAAGCUCUAGGGUGUGGGUGGACGAUAAUGAGUGGUAAGUUGGUAACCAACCAUGCUAUCUCGCUUCGCUCUGGUGCAAACCUGUGCGCAUGAUAGCAAGGGUGCAAUUACACGGGGGGCUUCUGGACCAUAAGUCCUAGGCCCCCGCUGAUUGGGAGCAGUGAGCUUGACAUUUUUAUCAGCAGUCAUGAUGACAUCUGCCUUGGGAUUGGAACAG